AUGUCGAGACCGGACCUUCCGGAUUAUAGUCUGCAAGGCUUACUCGACAACCUGAAGCUAUACGCGAAUAACGCAUCGCGCCUAGCAGUGGCAACAGGAGGUCAGAACAGUCUCAAGAAGCGCAGUCUCCUUGACCUCCCAGCCGAAAUCUGGAGCAAGAUCGGUGGACACGCAAUUGAAGCUGAAGAUGACUACUGCCCUCGAGCAGCGGCGCUGAAGGCCAGAUCUAGCUACAUUGUUGGCUAG